AUGCUGUUUCAGUCCCUGCUUUCAACCAGCAUGAAUUUUUCAAAUACUCUUCUCGGUGGCUCAUCUGCUGAGAAUGCUGUGGCGAUAUCGGCCUUGAAGGAAGCCAGCUCGCCCAGCAAGCAUGUGAGGCUAGGCAUCGCGCGGACUUUUGACGACAUUAAGCAUGCAAACAAUCAUAAACGGCCUGAAUCAAGUUCAAGGAGAACGAAAGCAUGCUCUAAUGCUGGUGAUGAUCAAUCACGUCCUGUGGCAACUCGAAGGGGCGAUCUCGAUGAAGACGAGGACUCUGAAACCUUGGGAAAACUUGUAGACUGGAAGACGGAGGACGAAAUCAAGCCACUUUGGAGCAGUCAGAGGAAUUACGGGACGUUCACACGCACUUAUCUGCACUACAGUGCGUCAGCUAUGGCUUCUGUUGACGUAAACCGUAGUCAGCCAACCAAAUCUCCAGAGCCUGGGGCGAAAUCGACGGAUGUGAAAGUGACGUCACAUGAACAGCCUACCAACAGAUCUACCUCCAACUCAGACUCGAACUUCAUCAUGCACAAUGUUUCUCGCGACGACACCCUAUCAGCCCUUGCGCUGAAGUACCGAGUUACUGUCAAUGACAUCAUGCGAGCGAACGGGAUGACAGGAUCUUCUCAGAGUUCCUUGCUUGUUCGAAAGUCUUUGAAGAUUCCAGCGGCAUUCGGAAAUAUUCCGCGAUUGAAUUCUGCUGUCACAUAG